CUCUCUCUCGCUUCACGGUGAGAAGUUACGGCGGAGAUACGUUGUGUAAUUGCGUGCUCUUAAAAAAUACUAAAUGUGGCGGAUGGGCUGUGGACGCGACUCAAUGAGCCGCACGGAGACGAGAGAAUAAAAAUAAAAACCAGCUACGUGCGCGCGUGUUCGGACCGAGGUUUCACGUGUGUGUGUGUGUGCUCUUCGGUUUUCGUCAGUUUCACGGACCCUGGUAGGAACCAUGGUUGAAACGUGCGGUUGGCUAUGGAGCGCUGCAGGCCCGGAUCCUGCUCGCCGACAACAAGGUUUAGGAGCUGCAACGGAGUGAGGAGUCGUCCCAGCUCACACCUGAAUAUCGACCUCAGAACCACUUCCAGUCAUCCGUCUUGUGCUCAUCCUCAGGCGAAUUGACCUUUACCGAAAAUUACACGUCGGAUUCCAGAUGUGAUUAUUUUCUUUCCUCCUAAAUCCCAAAUAUACCUAACAACCAUGAGGAGCAACAGAUCAACCCUACUGAUGGGCUGCGUGCUCCUCUGUUCCGCCUCCCUCCUCUACUUGGGCAUGAGCGGGGUGGACUGCCCUCCGAAAAGCCACCGCUACCGGUGGAUGGAGCUCAACCUGGGUUCGGGCAACCAGAGCCUGUCACUGACUGAACACUUCCCCGAGGACACUCCCAUCAUCUUCAUCGGGGGCUUCCCCAGGAGCGGCACCACGCUGAUGCGCGUCAUGCUGGACGCCCAUAACUCUGUGCGCUGCGGCGAAGAGACUCGAGUCAUCCCCCGCCUCCUGGCCAUGAGGGCCACCUGGAGCCGCUCCGUUAAGGAGAGGAUACGGCUGGACGAGGCCGGCGUCACUGACCAGGUGUUGGACUCGGCUGUGCGAGCGUUCCUGUUGGAGGUGAUAGUCGGCCACGGGGAGCCUGCGCCUCGACUCUGCAACAAGGAUCCGUUCGCAUUAAAGUCCCUGUCUUAUCUGGCGCGUCUCUUCCCUAAAGCCAAAUUCGUGCUCAUGCUACGAGACGGACGGGCCACCGUCCACUCCAUGAUUUCACGCAAGGUGACCAUCUCUGGGUUCGACCUGACCAGCUACAGGGACUGUCUGACCAAGUGGAGCAGCGCAGUGGAGACCAUGUUCACCCAGUGCCAGGCGGCCGGGGAAGCCAGAUGUCUGCCGGUCCGCUACGAGCAGCUCGUUCUCUCCCCGGAGGAGGAAAUGAGGAAGUUGCUUCACUUCCUAGAGCUGCAGUGGGACCCGUCUGUGCUGCACCACGAGGAGCUGAUUGGAAAGGCUGGCGGCGUCUCUCUGUCCAAAGUUGAGCGUUCGACAGACCAGGUGAUGAAGCCAGUGAACACUGAAGCCCUCUCCAAGUGGGUGGGGCACAUUCCCCCCGACGUGAUCAGCGACAUGGCGGAAAUCGCCCCCAUGCUGGCUCGUCUGGGCUACGACCCUCACGCCAACCCCCCCGACUACGCAAAGUCCGAGCCCAUGCUGUCGCCGCUGAACUACUCACAGAACUUGAAAGCAGCAGAAACUCCUCACCCCAGUUAAACCUGGCUGUGCCGUUCCACGACACGGACGCGCCUCAACCACGGACUUCCAGCUCAGCAGUACCUGCACCUCACGGGAAACUUUUUAUUGUUAAAUGUGUAUUUUUGAAUUGUCCUUGAGACUUUUUUGUGCGGUGUUCAUGUCUGUGCGCUGGUGGAGUGUUUAAAAUACGGGACUCGUUGAGUGGUUUGGAGUUCGCGGCCCGCUCGGGGAAGCUCACUCCGUCUCGCGCUCCGUCCUUUCCUCCGCAGUGAACCAGCAGUGAAAACGCUGCGUUUGGAAACUUACCCGCCUCCGUACCUGAAAGUAUUUCAACGUGUCUGUGAGUUGUUCCGACCUCAUCACAAUGUGAAUGUGUCUUCAGGCGAGUCCUUUCGAUUACCGCGUGAUCAGUCAGUAUUCAUGAAGCAUAACGACUGUAUAUUUUUGAAGACGUAUGUUUAUUUUCGUAAUAAAUUAUUCUGGUGUUGACCAUUCAUUCACUUUGAAAGCUGAGAGGAUUUAAUUGUUUAAUUGUAUAUUGUCGGAUAUUAAUAAUAAAAAAAAACCUAAAUGUCA